UAAUUAGACAGCAUCUUAAACCAGUUAAACCAGUAACAACAACAACGUUUGCUAUAAAUAACCCACUGAAAGAGUUUUGUUCUACUAUGCUAAAGUUGGUUUCUCUACAGACACCUGCAGUCUUUGUCCGUCCGUCCGUCCGUCCGUCGGGUAGCGCUCAUAUGUACCUGGAAUGCUUGAGGCUCGAUUUGAUCAAGCGACAACGGUAAAUAGGACGACAGCAGCAGUAAUCCUAAAGUCAAUUUUACGGAAGUAGUAGUCGUCAUAGUUCUAGAGAAAGUCGAAGAGGAAAGGAUGUCGGACUUCAAGUUGAUGAGGGCAAUCCGAGUGAGUGGCUUCGGACCUCCAUCGGUCCUUGAACUGUGCGCCGAUGUCGAAGUUCAACUGCCUGGAAGGGGAGAAGUAUUAAUCCGUGUCCAUGCAUGUGGAGUGAACCCUGUGGAAACGUACAUCCGAGCUGGGACCUCCAGCCGGAAACCAUCGCUUCCGUACACACCUGGCUCUGACGUAGCCGGCGUCGUGGAAAGUGUCGGCGAGGGGGUCACAGCAGUGAAGGCAGGAGAUCGUGUUUUUACUACAUCCACCCAGUCUGGAGGCUAUGCGGAAUUUGCUGUAGCCAAAGAUGACAAUGUCCACAAGCUAGCUGACACUUUAGAUUUCUGCCAGGGAGCGGCCAUCGGCAUCCCGUAUUUCACUGCCUACAGGGCUUUGGUUUACAAGGCCCAUGUAAAGGCUGGCGAGACCGUCCUCGUCCAUGGAGCCAGUGGAGGGGUUGGUCUGGCAACUUGUCAGCUGUCCCAUAUGCUGGGCCUCAGGGUAAUGGGGACUGCCGGGACCAAAGCGGGAAUGGAGCUCGCCGCCCAAAAUGGAGCUCACCUGGUGUUUAAUCACAGGGAGGAGGACUAUGUUGGAAAAAUAAUGGAUGCCACAGAAGGCCGUGGAGUGGACGUGAUCGUGGAGAUGUUGGCUAAUGUCAACCUCAACAACGAUCUCCAGAUGAUAGCAUCUAGAGGACGCGUUGCCAUUGUCGGCUCCAGGGGCUCCAUUGAAAUGAACCCCAGGGCCACAAUGUCCAAAGAGAGCAGCAUCAUAGGGGUUGGCCUCUUCUCUGCCAAACCGGCGGAGACAAAGGAGUGUGCCGCUUUCCUCUUUCGCGGGAUGGAAGCCGGUUGGCUGCGUCCGGUUGUCGCUGAUCGAUAUCCACUGGACAAGGCCGCUCAGGCCCACUGUGAUAUUAUCCAAUCUCAAGGGGCCACUGGGAAGAUUGUGCUGACUAUGGGAUCCUGAUUAUUGCAUCAUAAAUCAAGAAAUGUGUUUGUUAAGAUUCUCCCAUAUUUUUGCAGAUUGAUAUUUUAAGGCUUGAUUUCAAGGGAAAUUGGGGGAAAUCCAUUUGGAAGUUAUGCUGAUGAAUGAAUUCUAAUCUCAAUGUUUUGACGGUAGAACAUUUUCACUCAUCUGCAACAAAUACCAACGAUAAAAUAUGAAACUGCCUUUUGCGGUCGUUGCAUUUAUGUAUCUUCUCAAUAAAUGGUAGCUUGAAA